AUGGCGUGUGCUUUGUAUGCAUGGAAUUGCAAACGAAGAUUAAAAACAACCCUCAAUAAGAGAACAAUUCCGAUCACGCCAAUUGAAUUAGAGCCUUUAGAGUCUUUAAACCAAGCGACCCCUUAUCUUCAGUCUCACAUGACGGCUGUUGAUUCUACGUCAACGUCAUUACCGGGUUCAAUAUCUGGAACUGUCUCUGAAAAUAGCAGUAAGGCUAGUAGAAUGCCAGGGACAUCGUCCGUUUUCGUCACAGUUAAGACUGUGGAAGAACUGGAAAACGAUUCCGUCUUGAACUACAUUUUGGAACGAGCGCUGCACAUACAAGAAUUUAUCACCAGUUGGACUAAAAAAUGUAACAACAAAACAAUAGAUUUGAUUGGUCUUCUCUGGAAGAUAAACUUACCGGCAGGUAACCUUUAUGAACAGGAGUCAAAGUUAAACGUUAUGGAAUUAAAUUUGACCCCACAGCACAAAGAUAACCUGUUAAGAAAUCUCACAGGAUUUAAUCUUCAGUUGGACCCAAUUAACAAAGACGGAAACUGCUUCUUCAGAGCAACAGCCCGGCAGCUAAAAAAACACUUGCAACGUUCGGAUUUGCAAAAUCUACAGCAUAUUUCCUCACUGGGGAUUGGAAUCAACGAGGAACGUGACACGGAAAACCUCAGACUACUUUUCGUGCGUGAAGUCACUGAAAAUCUCGAUGAAUACAGGGAGUGGAUGUCCUGUUCGUCAAAUGUACGGGAAAUUGAACGUUUUAAAACUGAUGGCCAUUUCGCAAGUGACAUUGGCGACAUCUGUACUAAGGCAUGUGCUAAUCUCCUCCGUGUCCCGAUAAUUGUAAUUACAGCUUUGCCUAAUGUCCCAUCCAUUCCAUUUUUACCAAAACAUUUCAUCACUGCUGUACCUACGUAUCUGGCGUACGACCAUUCAGGUCCAGGGCAUUAUGACGCUACAAAAGGUAAAUAAGCAUGCAUAAGGCAUUAAGACGGAAUCCACCAGGAAAUUGAGUAAUUUAAAUUUUCAUUGUACAAAAAUACCAGAAUAAUUCAAACAACAUCGCAUUCUUUUUUUAUAUUUUCAAGGGCUAUGGAUGUAAUUAGUUAUCUGUAACACCAAAGAAUGUGAAAAGAAAAUGUCUCAUGAGAGCCAGAGAAAAUAAAUGUCAAAUUUCACAAAAUGACACCUUACACGUGAAAUUUUCAGAACUUUACCUGUGUUUUCACAGUUCUCGUGAAAUUUGACAUUUAUUUUCUCGGGCUCCCAUCAGAAAUAGUCUUUGGUGUCAUUACAGAUAACUGUUUAUAUAUCCAUAGCCCUUGAAAUAUGUGAAAAAGAAUGCGAUAUUAUUUAAAUUGUUCUGGUACAAGGUUUUUGUUCACUGAAAAUCAAAAUUACUCAAUUUCCCGAUGGAUUCCGUCUUAAGCCUAGUUUAAGUGUAGCACGUUUGCUUGGAUGAUUUUGUUAUUGGCAUUUGUACGUUUUCCUGCCCGUGUGUGUUUAUAAAGGUCUUCUAAAUAAGCAAAUAAAUAUAUAAAGAAAUAAAUAACGAUUUAGAGGUAGCACAUCCACAAAGUGGUUCUUCUUCUACCUGAUUCCUGAUCGAAUUGGGAUUUGGAAAUGCUACCGGCAAAAAAAAAACUCUCGGAGCAAAGGAGAGGAAGAACAACAAACUCAACCACAUAUGGCGUCGACGCCGGGAUUUAAAACCGGGCCACACUGGUGGGAGGCGAGCGCUUUUACUACUGCGAGCUACUGCGCCAUCCCAUGCUCUCCGAACUCGUUACUACCUAUUGGAUUGGCAAUCACUCAAUCAUAAAUAUCAAAGAAGAUACUCUCUUAUUUACAGAUGAAGAAAAAAACGAGUAUCUAUCAUUUGAAACGUGGAUAUCUUAAAAAUGAACUAGUCCAUAGGAUAAUAAUAAUUGUAAUGAUAAUAAUUAAUCAUGAUGAUGAUGAUGAUGAUGAUGAUAACAACGAGGGUUACCAUUCCUUUGAGAGGUUUUACUUACACUGUAUUUUUUCUCUGGUAUGUUUCCAGAAUUUCUGAAUUCGAAUGAUGAAACGGAAGGAAAUGACACUAAAACCAGAUGUACCUGUGGCAAGAAUGUUAAAGACCCUUCCAAAAUGGCUUGCACAUCUUCUAAACGGUCCUUGUAACAGAAAAAGUCAAGCGUGCUCAAGAAAAUGUCGCUGCUUCAAUUGUAAGAACAAAAAUAAUGCUGCCUUUGAGGGAGAGAGGCAAUUAGGCGAAACACGCAAACGCAAACGCGGAUGUACAUGUGGUAAUACCUUAAACAAAGAAGAUAAAGGUCGUGUAUCGUGCAGAGAUGGAAAAAGAAAAACAAAAUGUCCAUGCGUUGCCGAAGGACUCGGGUGUACCGAGUCAUGCAAAUGUUACAACUGUGGAAAUAUCUUUCAAAUUGGCGGUGUUUCCGCUUCACCAGGCACAGGAAGAAAGAGAAGGAGAGCUACCAUUUCAACCUACAAGAGACAACGAGGAAAAGAGUUUAUGGAAAGACAGAAAGCUCCAGUGACCUCGGGACCUUAG